CAGCCCGCUCGCGUGCCGCUUGGAUUGCGUGCUGGUUUCUCGUCAGCACAUGGCCAACUGACGACGUCUUCGCCGUGGAUUCAACAGGAGUUAUUCCAAAGUUUGGCGAUGACCUCAACAACGUUACAGUUCCUGUUGGUCGUGAAGCUGUGUUUAUAUGCAAUGUUGAUGGACUAGCUACGUAUAAGGUGGCUUGGUUGCGAGUCGACACACAAACGAUUUUAACUAUUCACAGCCACGUGAUUACGAAAAAUCACAGGAUCGCCGUCACCCACAGCGAUCAUCGAAUAUGGUAUUUACAUAUUCGUGAAGUCAGAGAGGCAGAUAGAGGAUGGUAUAUGUGUCAAAUCAAUACCGACCCCAUGAAGAGCCAACAGGGUUACUUGGAAGUAGUUGUGCCUCCAGAUAUUUUGGACUACCCGACCAGCACUGACAUUGUAGCUAGGGAAGGUGGAAAUGUAUCAAUGCAGUGUGCGGCGUCCGGAUUCCCUACGCCCAGCAUCACAUGGAGAAGAGAAAACGGGGAAUUUAUUUUAAAGAAAACUCCUGGACUCUCCGUGGCUACAGUUGACGGACCUUGGCUGAAUAUUUCAAAAGUAAACCGUUUACAUAUGGGCGCGUAUUUGUGUAUAGCUUCAAACGGUAUUCCUCCAUCCGUUAGCAAACGUAUAAUGUUAAUCGUGCACUUCCCUCCAAUGAUAUGGAUACAGAAUCAGUUGGUUGGAGUUCAAGAGGGCGAUUCAGUUACUCUAGAAUGUCACUCAGAGGCGUAUCCAAAAUCAAUAGAUUUCUGGACCAAAGAUAAAACCACUAUAAUAUCGAAUGGCACAAAAUAUCACACGGUCCUGGACGAGAGCACGUAUAAAACGCACAUGAAGCUGACAAUACAAUCGGUAACACCGUCGGACUUUGGCACGUACCAAUGUAUUUCCAAAAACUCAUUAGGUGACACGGACGGAGGCAUCAAACUGUACGGAUUACCAAGACCGACGACCACGACAACUACAACCACGACGACGACGACGACGACGACAACGGUGGCUCCGACCACAAGAAAAGCCAUUGCCACUACCACCGGCAAACCGUCGUCGAAGCAUGUCGGCAGGGUGCCCGCCAACGACGUGGACCGGAGCCCGACGUCGAAGAAGACCGGAAAAGACGCCGCCAACGGUGCUAAUAAGAGGCAGCGGACCGGAGGAGAACGGCAAACUUCUCGGACCGCCGCCGCCGUCGACGAUAACAAUGGGGCAUCGGCUGUAGGCAAAAAGCAAACAAACGGAUCAAAUACUGUGCAUUCGGCUCUUGGGAUAACAGCAGUUUGGAUUAUUUUACAAAGGAUUUCUCGGAUACUAUGAAUCCGUUGGCCGACACGAAAAGUACCACAAGAAGAAAAUAUGAAAACAAAGAAAAAAAUAUAAUAUAUAUAAAAAAAAAAUGUUCUCGUUGUUUUAUACACAUAUUUUAUACGUAUCAUUACGCCACAUAAUCUGUAGCGUGCAAGUCAUUUUGUAUAUUAUAACCGCAUGUAUGAGUCAUAACGCAGUUAAGGGGGAAAUACAAAAGUGAAAACAAAAACUCGGAUAUAAAUUAUGUACAUAUGGUGUGAACUAAACACCACUCUCGCUUGGCUAGACUUGGACAUUGCAAUGCACCGCGGAGGAGAUUUUUAAGGAUGCAGUGUAUUUUCUCCGCUAAUGGUCCACGGCAGAAUAAAUAAUUUCUGUCCGGGGUUCGGAUGCAACGCUGCCUGUGUUCGGUUAUAAAAGUGUCCCUCGGGAAACGGGAGAAAAAAAAGGUAAAAAUGAAACACCCAGAAAUGGCAAUCAUUACAUUUCUUUCUGCCACCACACGCUUGUACCGUCCAAUCUCGUUUUCUUGCGUACUACGGCGGCCGUCAUCCGUUAAGGAAAACAGUCUUUUAUGAGCUUACAUUUUUUUCCUUGUCGAAACAUUGUUAGCAUAAUAUACAAUAAUAUAAUAAUAGUGAAAAAUAAUGACUCCCCGAAAGAAUUUCCAUUGCCCGAGAUGGUAUUUUUUUCUCGUCGGCGCAAUAAUCCGAAAUAAAAAUAAACAUAAGUCGAAAAUCGUGAGAAUAAAAUAUAAUAUCUUGUAUUGUUUUCCUGCUCUUAAGCGUGCACCGCUGGUUUACUUGUUAAAUUUUAAACGUAUACAAAAAAAUACUGUUAAAAUGAUACCCUUGUUAUCCUAUUAAAUGAAUACCUAUGUAAGUCCGUAGUGAUUAGAUUAACAACUAUUUAUAAAUUGUAUAUGUAGCUUCAGUUUGAUUUCAAAACUUUAAAUUUAAUUUUAGUCGACAUAAUUAUUUUAAAAUUUCAGUAAGUUGUA